AUGAUUGGAGAAGGUGUUAAAAGUAAAAGAUUUGGAGGUUGUGGUUGUGCCAUUGAGGAAAUUUGCUGGUUUUCAACUGGCUUUGGAGUCACUGGUGGUAGUGCUUUGAUCCAUGAGUUUUAUGCUAGAGAAGUUUCAAAUCCGGUUCAUUUGACUGUUGAUACUGGAUUCAAAAAUGGAGAGGCUGCAAUAAAGGGAUUUGUCUCAAUUAAUUUAUCUCCUGGAGAUCAACAACUUGCUGCACAAUUUCAAGAAAUUCCAUUGGACCUACGCAUGGUUGAGGCUGAGUGUGUUGGUUGUAUGUAUCUGACCUUGAAAUUUAUUGAAAAUUGGACAUUUCAUUUGGAUAUAUUGGUACAGGUUUAA